CCAGAAGGAGGAGCCAGCAUGAUCAUUCUUCCUUCAGGAAGGGCCGCUUGGAGAAGGAGGGAUGGAGAGCAGGACCAAUUCGUGCACGGAAGAUACACGAGCAGGCUUAUGGAAGCGGUUCCUCUGAGAAGCAUGGUCCUAGAGGCGCUCAGGCAGGUGAUGGGAGAGAGAUUGGUGAAUUGGAUGGAGGAUGUGAUCAUCGGGUGGCGAUAUGAUGAAGCCUUGGGUGCCAAGGUCUGUAAGCCGGCGAGGGUGUUCAUGAAAUUCAGGAUGGCUGAGUGGGAGGCAGGGUAUGUACCAGAGUUCUKCCAGUGCGGUACAGGGAGGCAUGYCRAGUUCCUCAACACUGCCACCAUCAAGAUGCUCCCGGAGGAAGGUACCCUACACGUCAUCACUAAUGACAUCGGCGUAACGAACAACGGCCAGGCUGGCCAGCUGCAGCUCAUGCUCAAUGCGGGUCUGAAUCCCAUCCCACUCAGAGCACUCGACGAAGAUUUUACAAUGGAUGAGGUCGAAGUAGCUCUUGAAAAGAUACUUACCACGCGAAGAUGCGACGAGGAACUGUCCUUAGGGGAGGAGAGGCAAGUGAAGACGAUCGUGCGAGAGAACAUGAAAAAGUGCAUCAGGAGCUUUCAGACGAAACACAUGCAUAUCACGGGCGAACCCAUUAACAGCGUGGCAGUAAGGAGCGAGAUCGAAUGGCUGACCAGUCGAUACCUAGUCUGUCCAACGGACAAGGCGCCACACACCCCCAUUUUCAUCUGCAUCAACUUCAUCAGGAGGUUGGCACUGCAGAGGCUCUCAAGAUCGGACUUCACACCGCUUCCAGACUCGCUGGAGCAGGAAGCGGCAAGGUUAGUGAGGGAGGCUGCUGCCUUCACUCAUAUUGGACACGAGGUGCUGCCGCUCCUGCACCUCAUGACAGUGUACAAGGUGCACAAGCAAUCAUUCCGGUGGAUCACGAACUCUGCAGAAUCAGUGCUCUCCCCAGUGGCGGACGUUUGCGAAAGAUUACCGAAGCUCCUAGCUGAGGAUGUGCGGGCCCUCUGCACAACAAGGAGCGAAGAGGUUCAUGUUGAGCAUGGGGUCAGACCCAACUUCUAGUGGCCGAUCUCCGCGAUUGGGGAGUUCAUUGCCAAUAUCCCGCAGCGCAUUUACU